CCGUAUUGGUUCAGUGCGCAUGCGCGCGAAGCUCGUGUAACAACAACGAUGUCGACCAGAGCAGCAGGCCGAAGAGGGACGAAGCGCAAGAAGGAGGAGGAGGAAGAGGUUAAAGCCGAGGAAGAUCAAACUGGUGAGAAGAAGGAAAGAGGAGAGCAGGAGAGCGACCAGGACGGCUUAAGGGUGAUUAUUGAACACUGUAAAAGCUGACGAGUGUACGGGCGUAAUGCUGAGGAGGUGAAAUCUGCUCUCCUGGCUGCCCGUCCUGGUCUCGCUGUGGUCCUCAACCCUGAGAAACCACGCAGGAACAGCUUUGAGAUCACUCUGCUGGACAAAGGCAAUGAAACAUCUCUGUGGACCGGGAUAAAGAAGGGUCCACCUCGUAAGCUGAAGUUUCCUCAACCUGAAGUUGUUGUUGCUGCUCUGCAGGAAGCUGUCAAGGCUGAAUAGAUCUCCAGUGAAGUCAAAUAUCCAGGAGACGUCAUCUGUGGAAGCAAAAAUGAUGAGGAGUGACCAAGGAGAAGCUCUCAGUCCCUCUUCUGAUGACUUGAGCUCCAACUGAUGAUGUAUUCUGGGUAGAUGGUGACACCCACUGGAGAGUCUAUAAACUUUAGUCUUGCGCUUUUAAGUGUUUUCAGUUCUCAUUCAAAAGUUAACUGUACUUUUUAAUCUGUUUUUGGUAAAUAAAGUGUUACUACCUCUUGUG